AUGCAAGAAUGUGAUGAAAAUUCCUGUGGGCCUAUACUCGAUUUGAUUAGCGCGUUGUCAUGUGACCUGCGCGAGGAUUUCUUUCCUUUUUUUCCAACGUUCUUCUUGGAGAUUCAGAAACUUAUCACUAAGGAUCAGCAAGAUGCUGAUAUUCUCAAUCACUGCUUUAACUGUCUAUCCCACAUGGUUUAUUUUCUCCACCGCUGCAUGCUGAAGGAUCUAAAAGGCACCAUUGAUCUCUUUAUUCCGCUCCUUACAAACAAAAAGCAGCACCUCAGGACGUUUAGCGCUGGGUGCAUUGCCUUCUUUCUUCACAAAAUUCCUACUGCAAAAUUCCUUCGAUUGUUGUGGCAACUUCAUAAAUCGGACUCCUCUUUAACGAGUGAUUACGGUGGAGACAUAUUAGCUGAAACGCUUCGCUCAAUGGACGGGAAAUUCCACUCUUGCUGUACGGAAGUUAUUCCUGGAAUAAUGGACCUUGCUGUCGGUAAUUGGAAGGAGGUUACGGAAUCCUCAGUGGAACGGCGGCGGCAUUCUAAACGGCUGCGUCGCGAGGAUACACAAAACGAUGUUGAUUCUUUUCUCGAUGAGGAAGCUGCUCACUUUUGUAUGCUGUGUUUAACUAGGGCUUUGGAACUACUGACUAACAGCGGGUUGAAACCAGAAUCUUUGCUUGCCACAGGAAAGCUAUACUUUUCUCGUUUAUCUGAUCCGAAUCUUGUGCCUUCUCGUGCAUCGUUGUUGGUUGCGGGAUUGGACUCCUUAAUCACACUGCUGUAUAACAAAAAGCAUAUCAACCAAUUUGAGGAAAUUUUAUAUGAGCUCUUUCGUGACUGUAUAGCCAAGCAGCCUUCGUUACCUUUGGCCAAACUCGCCCUGAAAUUCGUUAACAUGCAGUAUGACGUUGCUUUCAAGGCGCUUGUGCACACUCCUCUUAUUGAAACAUCUCAGGUAUUGGAAGAAACAUUUAACUAUUACUGUCACUUAAGUCCUCUUUCAACUGAUGUUCUGCCAUUACUGCCAGUGGAAGCCAAACACAUUUGCGGAGUUUUGGCCCAGUGUAAAGGUGAACUCGCAGGCGAAACAAAUUUAAAUCUUCUUGUCACGUGCCUUUGUGCUGUGUAUGAUGCUUGGUUGUCCUCGAAUAUGACAAAUGAGACUAAAGAGAACCAGCCGGACCUGAGCAAUAUUACAUUUGAUUUUGAUUUUCAUCUCCAACUGGCUGCGGAAUCUCUAACCACCAGACCGGAACUCAGUUGUGUGUUCCUACGCAUAAUUGAUCUCUGCAGUCAGGCCGGUUUGCUGAAAGAUUUCGGAAACGCAGGGGAUAGAGUUGAGCGUCUUCUGCCCUUCCUCAUGUCUUUCAGCCAUCAGAUCCGUCUACACACUCUCCGCAUUCUACGCUGCUUGUUAAUGCGUGACGAUUCCUGCGGGACUGGUCUCCUGACAGAAUCGCCUCUGACUGUCAUUGAUCGUUGCUUGACAUGUGAACGGACAAAACACUGUCCCAACUCACUGCGUGAACUCCUGGCUACUAUACUUCACCUUCAUUCGGGCCGGACUGGCGUCUUUAAGUCUACCACGGGAGCUAAGGUGUGUGUGUGA